AUGAUUGGAGAUGAACGAUUCCUCUCAAAAGAUGGUCUGCUACGAACAACACUGCCAUCCCUCCGCCUCGCUUCGUCGCUUCGUCGCUUCGUCGCUAAAGGACGCUCCACGUCAAGUCCAACGUUGGGGCCGUUGGGGCCGACGAUCACCUUGAAGCCCUAUUCAGCCGACAAUCCGCAGAAUCCCAACUUCUCGCCUGACGUGAGACCAGGUUUUUUGAGUGCUUCCUUUGAGCCGGUGUCUCCAGCCUUGGAUGUCAACAACAUCAACGUGAAUUGGAGUCGCGGCGUGACGCCGCCACGCCUGCUCUUUGGUGAUCCAACCAGCUGCAUGCCCAGCGGCGCUUGCUCGCCAAUGCCUUGGCAGGCUGCACCGGUCGCGUGCAGCUAUGCCAAUGUCUCGAUGGCCAUGGUGCGAGAGCAGGCCCGGCGCUCGGUGGUGCUGGAGCGCUUGCCGCGAGAGCUGCGGGAUCCAGGUGCGCUGCGUAGCUGCUUGGAGGAUUUGUUGGGUCACAACGCCGUGCUCUGUGUGGCCUUUGCCCCCUCAGAUGCCAGACGUUUGCAGGGAGCUCAGCAGGGAAGUGGCGAGGUCAGAAUGUAUGGAGGAGCGCAACAAAUUGAGGAGUCAAAGUACUCAGCUCUCAAAAGUCUUGCUGAUGAGGAUGGAGGAUCGCCUGGCGGAACGCCGAGACGACUUCGCAAGGGUCGGGGCUCACGACGUGACGUGAGUACUGCUUUCAGUGACGGCAGGCACAGCGAAAGCAUAGGAGACCCCAUGAGCACGGUCUCGGACGCCCCGACAGCACGGACUCGCUCGGAGCCGCUCCUGGCAGAUUUCCUGCUGGGCUUCGUGGAGGCGGUGGAGCUGAGACCGGAGGAGUGGCUCCACCAGCUCGGUGCGGAGCUCCAACUGUUUGGGUUGGGCGUCCACAGCGAUGCCCGGGACGCCCAGGCGAACCCGGCGAACCCGGUGCCGCGUUGGGGGCGCGUUCGUGCGCGUGCGCGUCGUGCGCGUUGUUUGCGCAUCAUUUCGGCGAGUGCUGCGGCGAGUAUCAAGGUACACCAGUUGGUGGCAUUGUGCCGGGUGACCGACAAGUUAGCUUUGGACCUUGAAUUGCCCUCCACGGCCUUCGUGACCUUUCGAACCCUUCAGGGCCCGCCGGGGGUGGUCUCCAUGCUUCCGGCCAUCGGCCUGGGGACGCUGCUGGGCGCGGCCACCGGCGUGGUGACCAUGGGCACCGCCGUGUGGAUCGGCGCAGGGACGGCCGCAGGCAUCGGCGCGGGGAAAUGGCUCGUGGAUCGCAUCAUUGCCAAACGGCGCCUGGCCACGGGACAAGGCCCUAGACAAGAGUCUGAGCUCCCACCUGCUUUGCAGGCCGCCUUGCUCGGAUGGCAGAAUUUCUUGGCUUCCAAAGCUCAAGGCAGCUCCAUCACCUCCAGGCAGCUGGCAGAGCUUUGGUCUCAGUUCGAAGCUGAAAACCCGGAUCCUCGACAUGGGCAUGGGUACCAAUACCCUUGGUACAACGUGCUGGAGUCACAGUGCUACACGAGCAGCAAGGAUGCCGUGCUGGGCACUGGCAUGCAGGUUUUCCCGGCACCAGAGCCACGGGACUUGGUUUGGCACAACGUGGCACGACCCGAGACCCAACUCUUGGUGCGGCAAUUCUUCGUUGAGAUCGCGCUGCUGUUUGGCUUGGCUUUCUGGUCAGUGCCAGUGUCGCUCUUACAGGUUUGGUGUUCUUGGGCACGGCUAUCGCAGAUUCUUCCUUGGCUUCAGCUUCCAGAAUCAAUGCAUGGGACCGAUUUGGAAGCUUUGGUCACUUUGUACAUGCCAGCUGCGCUCUUAGUGCUACUGGAAGUCUUGCCAAUCAUGCUGCACCGCUUGGCUUCACGCUACGAGGGCGUGAAGUCGUGGAGCGCUUUGCAGAUGCGGACCAUGAGAAGGUAUUGGCGGUUUCAGCUGGCCACCAUUGGUGUCACCGUGCUUUCGGGGAGCGUCUCCAACUCCUUGACGGCCAUGCUGGACCAGCCCACCUCCAUGCUCUGGGAGCUUGGGCAAAGCCUGCCACAAGUGGCGGUUUACUUCCUCGCAACGGUGCUCUCAUCCGCACUAGUGGUGGGCCCUGUGAGUCUGCUCCGUUUGCCCUUGCUGGUCCAGCUCACGUGGACAGCUUUGGCGCGCCGCCUGCGUGAGAUUCUAUGCUUGGGAUCCUCCACAUCGGCACAGGCUGAAAGCAACUUUCUGGCUGCGGCAGCGGAGGACUGUUUGGACACUCCCCCAAUGGCCGCCGACCUGUCGGCUUUGCUGCUGGUCUUGCUGGUGUGUGUCACCUAUGCGUCCAUCGCACCGCUCAUCAUCCUCGCGGGCGCCUUGUUCUUUGCGCUUCGAUGGCUGGUCCUGGCUUUGCGCUACCUCUACGUGCAUGUGCCUCGCUUUGAUAGUGGCGGAGCGUUUUGGUAUCUCCUGUGGAACCAGGCUGGACUUGCUUUGGAAUUGCCCUCAAUACCAGCAGAGAACUGUGAAGACCUAGUACAGUCAAGUGUUGUGCGGAUCUCGGUGACACAUCAAGGUGGUGAAGACAGUCUUGUCCCAAUGGAGAAAUAG